UCCAGUAGUUGGCGGUAGAGUAAACUUUGGACGCUGACCGCCUGUAAACACCACAGAAGAAGUACCCGUCUGUUGGAUCGUGUGUGAUCGGAGCAGAAAUGGACCGACACCUGGCUCUGCUGCACGAGGACCUGACACCUGAGCACGAGCCCAGAGGAGCAGCUUUGCCUUCAGACAUCCGAAAAGUGAUUGUUGGUGAGGAGGAGCAGCAGGAUUGGAUUCCCAGUCUGGACCAGGAGGACCCUGAGCCCCCACACAUUAAAGAAGAACACGAAGAACUGUGGAGCAGUCAGGAGGAAGAGCAGUUUCAAGGACUGGAGGAGGCUGAUACCGUCAAGUUCCCCUUCACUCCUGUCUCUGUGAAGAGUGAAGAUGAUGAAGAGGAAGCUCAGUCCUCACAGCUUCAUCAGAGACAAACUGAACAGAUGGAAACAGGAGCUGAUGGAGAGGACUGUGGAGGAUCAGAACCAGAGAGGGACUCAGAUCCAGAGACACAUUUAGGACCUGUGAGUGAAGACUCCUCUGAGACUGAAGUCAGUGAUGGUGACUGGGAGGAGAGCCCAGAGUCAGCGUCACGUUUGAACUCUGUGAGAAACAAAGACGUCCUGUUUGAAGACAUCGACUGUAAACCUGUGGAGCGAUCUUUCAGCUGCUCUGAGUGUGGUCAAAGAUUCGGUCGUAAGCCGCAUUUGAAUGCACACAUGAGGAUUCACACAGGAGAGAAACCAUUCAGCUGCUCCUUUUGCGGUAAAAGAUUUUCUCAAAAGGGAAAUUCAAUCAGUCACAUGAGACUUCAUACAGGAGAGAAACCUUUCCUCUGCUCCGUGUGUAAGAAGACUUUCAGGUAUAGUGGCGAUGUUAGCAGACACAUGAGAACCCACACAGGAAAGAAUAAAUCCAAAUGCAACAUUACUGACACGGUGGAAAGCAGCUUUAACACGGGACCAGAAGCAGCCACAAGCUAUGACUCAGAGACAUCCGUCCAAUCACAUCCUUAUGAUGACCCUGAGCCUGGGGUCAGUGAUGACGCUGAGACGAGAGAGCCGCAGUCAGGUGUAACCUCUGUGGAGAAUGAAGACGUCUCUGAGGGGGAUGAAAGAGUUAACCCCGACAAAGAGUCGUUCAGCUGCUCAGAGUGUGGGAGAACAUUUAGUCGCAGGGAUCAUCUGAUGAGUCACAUGAGAACACACACAGGAGAGAAACCGUUCAGCUGCCCUGUUUGUCACAAACAUUUCAGCUGCAGCGGAAACAUCCUGGCACACAUGAGAAUUCACACUGGAGAGAAACCAUUUGAAUGCUCAUUUUGUGGCAAGAGUUUCAGCCAGAAAGGAUCUUUGCAGCUUCACACCAGAAUUCACACAGGAGAGAAACCCUUCAGUUGCCCAUUUUGCAAUAAAAGGUUUGCACAUAAAAGACGAAUGACGUUGCACAUGUCAGUUCACACAGAGGAGAAACGCUUCAGCUGCAGUGCUUGUGACAAAAAGUUCACCUGGUACACUCAGCUCAAGGCCCACAAGUGUGUCAGGGAUCCGUCGCAGCUUCGCCAAACGGGGAAGAAAGUUCCCCCUAAGGAAACCUUUUGCUGCUCUGACUGCGGUAAAACAUUUAGCCUUAAAGGCAAUCUGAAGACACACAUGAGGAUUCACACAGGAGAGAAACCGUUUAGCUGCUCAGUGUGUGGGAAAAGUUUUAAACAAAACGUACAUCUGACGGAGCACAUGACCAUUCACACAGGAGAAAAACUCUAUAAAUGUUCUGUCUGUGGCAAAGGAUUCAAUAAGAAGUUACUCAUUAAAAACCAUCCCUGCAUUUAACUCUUUAUCCUGAACUCAUGGAUCUGUUUUCAUAGAGAGACAAAAGGUUAAACAUGCAGUUAAAAAAGACUGACGGAGCAAUAUUAACCUUAAAGAGUCUAAGAGCGUGUUCACACCUCACCUGUUUGUUCGGUUACAUCGAACUCGAGUCUGUUCAACAAGUUAGUGCUGUUUGUUUGUGCUGGUGUGAAAGCUGUCAAUCAAGCCCUGCUGUGGACCAAACAAGCGUACAGACCGUUUGAAAAGGUGGGUCAGUAGUAAGAACAUGAAGCGACCUCGAUCUGAACUCACUGCAGGAAGUAACCACUGAACACCUGUUAAAGACCACAGGCAGACCUGAUGGAGCUUCAGAAACAGUUUGGGUGGAUGUGCAGGUCCUGGUUCUGGAGGACUAACGUUGUCAUGGUUCAGGAGGAUUCACGUGGUCCUUCUCCUGAACUGUCAACAUCAACAUAUUAUUUUCAAACUGUAUCGUUUACCUUCAGUGAUAAAUACAAACAAUAUAAAAACCGAUGAGCAGAGCCGACAUCAGGCCGUGUCGUCAUCCGUCCAAUUAGAAACUGUAAAGAGUCUUUGGAGCAGCCACAGCCAAUCAGGAGGCAGAUAGUCUUUGUUUACUUCAGGGAGUUUUAUGCUGCAUUCAGGUGCUGCUUGGGUGGUCCAAGUUUGAGUUUGGAAGUCGUUCUCCCGACUUCAGCGUGUUCACAUGAUUUCAGUUUGUAAAGUCUGAACAACGACAAACAGCGUGGACGCUACAAAGAUGUGUAACGUCUUAUGAGUUAUGUUUGAGCUAAACGUUGAUGUGCAAUACGUGAAUUAAUCAAAAGUAUCUUAACAUUAACUAAACAUCUUUUGCCUGCAAUGAUGAUGGCGAAUAUGAUGUCAAGUCGGUGCACAAAGUUUCCGAGUUGAUCUUACUUGAGCAGGUGUUCACGUUCAUUUGAUUUCUCAGAAACUGUUUAUACCGACGUGUCCCACACCACGUGAACGCAGCGAGAGACCAUCUGAUCUGCUUUAAUUUCUGUCUGCUGUUCAGAGACAUCUGAUUCAACUGUAAACAGAUGAUUAUUAACUGAAUGAUUUAUAAGAUCUGCAUGAAGACGGAGUUCAUAAUAAAGAGCUUUAAGUGAUUCUGUCCUCAA